CCUCAUUCCUAUCCCCGCGCAGCGGAAACAGAAGCGCCGCGUCGAAUCGCACCGCACGAUGACAUUUCGGUGGACUGCGAUUUGACAGGUUCUUUUCCGGUUUGAUUCUCAAGCGUAUUAGACCACAAUGAGAACGAUCAACUCAAAUCAGACGGUCACCAUCCCGAAGGGCGUUUCGGCCAAGGUCCAUGCCCGUGUUGUGACGGUGUACGGACCCCGCGGAAAGCUGUCCAAGAGCUUCCGCCACUUGGCCAUGGAUAUCUACAAGGUGUCCAAGAAGAAGCUGAUGGUCGAGAAGUGGUUCGGAGCCAAGAAGGAAAUCGCCGCCGUUCGCACUGUCUGCUCGCACAUCGAAAACAUGAUCAAGGGUGUCACCAAGGGAUUCCAAUACAAGAUGCGCGCCGUACAUGCUCAUUUCCCCAUCAACUGUGUUAUCAGUGAGAACAACAGCCUGGUGGAAAUCCGUAAUUUCCUCGGCGAGAAGCACAUCCGUCGCGUCCGGAUGCAGCCGGGAGUCACCGUUGUGAACUCGGCCAAGCAAAAGGACGAACUAAUCCUGGAGGGUAACGACAUCGAAGCCGUUUCCCUGUCCGCCGCGCUGAUCCAGCAGUCGACCACCGUCCGAAACAAGGAUAUCCGUAAGUUCUUGGACGGUCUGUACGUGUCGGAGAAGACCACUGUGGUGCAGGAUGAGGAAUAAGGAGUUGCGCGCGUAAAUAAUGUUUUUCUUGUAAUAAGGAUAUGAGGAGGAGCACAGUGGAAGAAAAUGAAGGUUCGAAAGAUGAAAA